CUAAGCGAUGUGGCCGAGGAGAAAUGGUCCGCCAUGUGUACUGUAUGACCAACGAUAAAGGCAUGUAUCUCGACGACAGCGAGUGUGAGACGAGUAAAAAGCCUGCAACCAUUGCCACAUGUGUCAAAAUGGCAUGCCCCCAACCUCAGUGGUUCGUCCAUGAUUGGACUCAGUGUGCUGGCCGUUGCGAGGAAGGAUGGCAACGACGUCAGGUCGAGUGUAAAACCCACGAUGGUGAUAGGAGUGAACAGUGUGAUCCGAACAGUCGUCCUAUAGAUGCUAGGAGGUGUGACAUUUCCUGUGAGGAGGAGCUAGCUACACAGGAUGAAUGCAUUGACAACUAUAAUUUUGCGUAUUGUCCGCUGGUGUUGAAGUUUCGAUUUUGUGACAGAGAAUAUUUCUUGAAGAUGUGCUGCAAAACUUGCCAUAUAUCCGGUGCUGCCGGCUAUAGUUGAUAUUAAAUCAUUUGUAGGUCGAACAUUUAUAUAA